AGGACAAAAACAUGUAAACGGAUGGCAACAAAUUGAUUUAAUCGGGACGUCAACCAGAUUUUGUUUCACCCUACGCAAUUUCUUUCAUCGAUUCAAAAGUUGUUGCUAUCUUGUUUACCUGUGAAAUCAUCAUUCACUUCUUGUUUGUUGGUAUAUUAAGCACGCGGAAGUGCGCCUAGUAUAAAAUAUUUGUUUUUUUUAAGCUCCAAUCUUCAAUUUUUCAUUUUAUUUCAAUUUUUGUAUACCUAUUCCUCUGAUGACGUUGCCAUUUCCAGAUAUUCAAUAUUUCCUGUUUUUACCUCUUUUCACCUUUGAUUUUAAUAUUCUUUAGUUCUUUUGAUAACGAAUUUCUUCCCACGUUGUUAAUUGACGAAUAAAAAUUGGAUAUUUUAAGAAUAUCGUAGUGAAAGACCAAAUUAAACGCAUUCAUCGCGUAAUUCGCAGUGCUUAUUUUAAGCUUUUUAGGAGCGGCAGUUUAGCUUUGAAUCUUUGAAAUCACAAUUGGUCAGCUUAUCGUUGUAAAUAGAAGACGGUGUUUGAGUUUCAUUUUCAGAGGAUAGAGUGACCAAUGUACCGCUGUGAUUGACCAUCACUCGUUAGUACAAUUUCCUAAUUUUGUUUUAUAAACGCUUCAUUAGCUUACUUAACAUCCCUAAUCGUGCCAAAUCAGUUGCAAUUGUCGCACCAUAAAGGUCUACAAAACAGGGAAUUACCUACGUAACCUUACACUGUGGACAACGAGCGACAAUUACUGAUAACGACGUCUAUUUUUUCCAUUCUAAUUCUGAACAAGCGGAAGUUAACUCUCUUUACCAUUACUUACCUCUUCUUACCAAUUUUUAUUGCUCAAAAGCCCAUUUACCCAAAACUACAUUCAGAUCGCUUCUUUGAAAAAACUGAAGCUACAAAAAUACGUCACAGAAAAAAUUUACACAUUAAAUUUACGUAUUCUUUCAUUUGGAAAAUCAUUACAGCUCCAAAGAGUUUUCAUUACUAUUUCUGAUCCAAGAUUUGAAAAUAUUUUUUCGAGUUAUCAUUGAGUAGUAGAGUUCUUUGUUUUAAUUUAACAGGCGAAGUAAAUUCCGACUCCAAAAAAAAUUGUUUAGUUUUGACCAAUUUUACACACAUUAUUAUCCUAAUUUGAUUUUUAAUAGCGUCUAUCGUUCUAUUGUUUCGUCUUCAGCCUAUUUGUGUUCGAUUUUACAGUUCUAAAGACGUCCACUGAUAUUUUAAGAAUAUCCCAAAAUAGCUACCAAAACUGUAAUCUCCUGUAUUAAUCUGAAUUUUUACGAUUAACUAAAAUAUACCGGUCUCAUUUUUGACUUGAAGCUCAGAUUCGCUUAAAAAUAGAGUAAUGAAGAGUGUGAAUUGAGGAAAAGUAGAACAAGAGAAGGCGGCAUCUGUUGCUUAAUUAAAGAAAAAGCUUUGGUUUUAUUACAAAAAGCAUAAAGCUGACAGCGCAAUAUUUCAUUACCAUUCACAAUUUGUCCUACAUUUACCACCACUUUUUAAAAUUCUAUCAGUUUUAUUUGAUCCAAUAUUUGUUCAUGCUCCUUCAAAUUUGGUAUUACAUGUCGUAACACCACUUGCUGUAUUUCUAACUUCAUAUUGUUAUUCUAAAACAAGCGAAGCGCUCUUUUAUUCAUUUAUUUUUAAGUUCCCUCUGUCACCAAACCAUCCAACCAAGAAAUUCGAAGCUUGAAUAAAUAUAUUUUUGAAAUUACCAUUAAGUAGGUAUAUUCCAUAAUUAACUGAUAAAUAUUCCUUGAAUUUUUCAUAAAUCUCAAGUUUUCAGACCAAAAUUUUCCAUCAAGCUUGCAUUUUAAACCAUUUUACCCUCAAAUUUCAUGUCUUGAAUAAAGAAGCCCGCAAAAUGUUAUCGUAUAUUGACAACUUGCUUUCAAACUUCAAAAGUGAUUCUAAGGAGUCGAAAGCCGAUUCAUCUGAAGAUAAGGGAUCGGAUGAAACAAACAGGGGAACGGAAGGUCCGAGAAACAAAUCAUCGUCUGCCGAGGUCCGAACAACAGAUGCGAAGACUAGCGGGCCAAUGCGGAAGAAAGACUCGUCUUUCAAGUCUAUCUUUGGGUUCAAAUUGAGAAGUUCUGACUCAUCUUAUUCUGCCUUAAAAGGCAACGAAGAGUCAAUAGUCUCGGACUCCGAAGAAGCAACGAAUGAUUCUGUCUCAGAAACUAACUUGAAACCCGACAAUAAAAUUGAGUGUGAAAAACGAAUCAGAACUGAAGGCACGCCAAGUGACCUGGAAUCAAUCGAUACUCCUAUCGAGAAUGAUUACGACGAUGACGAAGACGACGAAUGUUCUAGAAGAAGUAGCAUGACUUCUACUGGAACUGGGAUUUCAAAUAACGAUAACGCUUCAGUUGACCUUGAUUGUGACCCUGAGUUUUUGCAGAGUUACAGGCAAAGUCGGUUCAGUUUUCUUCCAACUCCUGAUCAAAAUUCAGCCAGGAGUUCUUUUUCACGCGAGCAAAAUCGUAGGAAGAACAAAAAUCGACUUUCGCACAGUCACGAUAGUCCCCGAGUCUCAUCCAUUCAACAGAUAGGCACGGGUUCGAACCCAAGUCCGACCAAAAACGUUUUGGCCAAAUUUAUCUUAGCACACAAUAUCAGUAAUAACAUUCCAAGCAUUACUUGUUAUAAUCAAAAUUCAGAUUCGGAUGCGAACUCGAAGGGAAGUAGUGACAAUGAGAAGUUUUUUGACUGUGAGGAUCACGAGCCGGAGUACCAGUACCAUUCCAGCGGGGUGACGUCAUCAGGGUCAAGUGCGUCACAAAUGAGGAGACUCCCGGAGCAUAAUUCAGAUAGCAGGGAAAGCAUAUCUGAAAAUGAAACAAUAACAGUUGAUUUGUCGAGCAAAACACCGUCGCCUCGGCUGUGCCCGACAAGUGCUGCGAAUACUCACAGACGGAGGAGCAACGCACAACGACGCCACAGCGCCAACAAAAUCACAACCAACGAGGACAAAGAUCAACAAACGAAAAGAAAACAACAUCAACAACAAUCGAGUAAACAACAGAAAAAUAAACAGAGAAACUGUUCCAACUCACAAAAUAAUAGUAGUAACAUCGGAAAAGUGCACCCGACAGCUAUAGAAAUGCAGUCUGCGGGUUUUACUGUUCCCGCUUCGGUCGUCGCAGGUGGAAAUGCAUCUGUGUCGAGUCAGAACCCGAGCGGAAGCAAGAGUUACUCGUCCAGUUACAAAGUUCUGACGUUUGAGCAGUUCUCAAAACUGGACAAUUUGAUGAACUCGGAUAUUGAGAUUCACGGACAAGGGACGUUUCCUAACAUAAAGGUGACGCUCAAAGACUUCGUUGUUCUUCUCAAGAAAAAUAUGGAGAGCGAACAAGUGCCAUUGGAUUCCAUACGAUUGAAUGGAGGAGCUGCCAGUCACGUGAUCGGAAUGCGACAGAUGAUUGACGACAUCGGAUACAACGACUUGGAUCUCAUCUUCGGACUCAAAUCCGACGACGAGCAAGUCUUCGACACCGUUCGUCUCAUGCUCUACGCCACGCUCCGCAGCUUGCUUCCUGGAUGUGGAACGGAAACAAGUCGGCGACAACUUGACGACAGCAAUGGCCAGGCAUCAGGUGACGAGGGUACUGAGAGUAGUGAUGUCAGAACGACAAAUAACUCGGUCAGUGCUUUGACGGACAGUGUGAUUGAUGAUGGUUAUGUACACAAAAUGGUGAAAGUGUCCAACAAUAACGACAACUGGAGUCUUAUUUCGCUCUACAACAACAACGGGGAAAAUGUAGAAGUCAAGUUUGUUCACCGAAUGAAACGUCAAUAUGAAUUUAGUGUUGAUUCGUUUCAGAUCGAACUAGACUCGCUUUUAAGUUACUACGAAUCGAUUACAGAUGAUUUUGUUAGCUUUUCGAAAGAUUUUUAUCCCACAGUUAUGGCCGAAAGCAAGUACGGCAAGUUCGAUGAAGCUUUAUUCCAUUUAAACAACAAACUUGUUGCAACCUUGAGGCCUGAAGAAAUCAGAGGCGGGGGUUUGUUGAAGUACUGCAACUUGCUUUUAAACGGAUACAAUAUUGCCGAUUCGGAAAUCAAAAAUAUGGAACGAUACAUGUGCUCAAGAUUUUUUAUCGAUUUUCCAGAUGCAAGUUCUCAACAGAACAAGUUGCAGAAUUAUCUUAGAACCCAUUUAAGAAAAGCGCCUAGAUCAGCAAGGCGGAAAAAUGCACAGAAUCAGAACUCAUCUUCGAAUUUGAAACAACAAUCCCACCAAUUUUCGUCGAGUAGCGAAUCUAAUGAAGACAAGGAGAAUUUAAGCAAUGAUUGCUCAACUCCCGUUCAUAUUUCAGUGCCAAACUCUCAGAUGCAGAAAGAAUAUAGAGUCUUAGACGACGGAUCUUUGGAACAUCAUCGCAUCAAUUUCUUGUGGAUCGCGAGGAGAAUUAUCGACGAAAGCACAGUUUGCUUAAUGAACAUUGAGAGAGCUUGCACGUUAAACUUACUCGAUAGUUUGAUCAAUGAUUUGUUCAGAGUUUACAUCGUCAAAGCAGAAAGAUUGAAAAUGUGCUCAGACAUGGCAGAAUCCGGAUACUACAGCGAAAACUCUUCGACCGUCUCGAACCCCCUGUCAAGUCCUUCUCAUUUCAGUCGUUCUUCCAGCCCUGGAAUUUCUUUAAAUGGAACUACUUCUCACGCCAGCCGUAGUUCAAGUCCGUCUGCCGCUGCUGCCGCGGUUUUCGGAAUAAAUGCUCAGCAUAUGGCGCCGAGUCGUUUAGCCCAUUUUGACCUCGCGGCGCUUUGCGUUCCGGCAAAUGGGUCCACAUUUUUGCAUCCAGCUUCGGCAAACGGAAUGCAUUUCAACUCGACGCAAUUUUUCCACCCGGCACAAUACGGGAGUACAAUGCAUACUGGCAAUAUUUCUUUUGUCGCGGGAAACGGCGGGAGCUUUGCGACGUCAUCAAGAGGUGUGGACCAAACAGGGUUGUCGAUGAGUCAUCAGAAUUAUCAUAAUCAUUGUCAUAACCAAUCGGGUAAUAACGGCGGUGGCAGUGGGAGGCACUCGAGUAACGGGGGAAGCUAUCACCAUGGUAACAACCACCAUUAUCAGUACAACCAUCAUCAUCAUCAUCACAACCAAUCGAAGGGUCAUGGAGCAGGUUCGAGGAACAAGGGUUCCAACCGCGAUAACUACCACUACCAUUAUCCGAAAGGAAACAACCAUGCCAGCGGACUGUCCAGCUCAGUGGGUUCGUACCACCACGGCAACCAAUUUUUCUCGAGUCACAGUGGCAACGGCGGCGGAGGCGGACAGUUCGUCUCAAAUGGCCCAAACCAAAACACACAACACUACCCAUCAGCUUCCUAUGUUUACAACUAUGGCAAUGAUAAUUACACCGAAGCGUUCCCGCCUCUGAGUACGAAUAGAAGCGUGGGCAAUAGUAAUAACCAGGACCAAAAUGGUUAUUAUUACCACUCGAGCUAUUAUGGGAGUAACGGUAACGUGAGUGGGUGUGGUGCCAAUUACAGUUCCAAUAACUUGUACCAGACUCCCCACCAACAUUAUUCCAGAGGGGGUCACUCACCCAGACAGAACCAGUCGGUUGCGUCAUCAGUUACGUCAUACUCUGACUGGAAUCAUGAGUCACCACUUAGUGGAACUCAGUUUGAAAAUGAGCAAAACAACGAUAUGAAUGAAACUGAAGAAAAUAUCCAAUGCUCAGCUAGAAGUCAACGUGCAAAUUCUUCUGCGGCUGCGAGAGGUCAACGACCUUUUGACCCUAAUGAAGGCGCCGAGGAUGAAGAAAAUGACGAUGGCGAUGAUGAUGUGACCUCAACAUCCGAGACUUCGAUUUUAUCACGUGAUCAAGCGACAUGUAGCGAGCCCACGACAUCUGCGUCAGUUGCACUGGCGGCAUUUUGAGGUCAUGGGGGGCGAGAAGAGUCAUUAAAUGCGGUAGAGGUCAUGUUGAUCAAGAUUUGAGUGCUAUUUUGUCUGGACAUUCAUUAAUUAAAGUUUCAAAUUUCUAUUUUACCAUAUUUGACUUUUACUUGUUACAAAGGUCAAGCAAAAAUAUCUAUUUUUGAUGAAAAGUUUAUUAAAAAUACAGUGUAGAUUUGUGCAAAUAAUACUUUAAUGUGCUUUGAUUAUAUUUUUGAUAAGCUGAAAAAAGUAUUAAAAAUGUAAAACAAGCAUGCACGGGGUGAUAAAAAACUUUAAAGACUGAAAAACAAUAUCAAAUAGCAAUGAUGGUGUAUAGAUUGUAUUAUUUAUUUGAUGUCUUCUAAUAAAAAACAUAAUCCUGUGUGCUAGCUUGAUCAUAUACCAAAAAAAAUAAAACAAAAUGUUCAAGCAAAUGUUAUCAAGUUAUUUGUCUGAAAAUGAAGAAAUACUUCGAAUUUCUGAAGUUUUUUCAUUCGUUAACUAAAACAAACUGCUACUUUUACUCAGAUGAAAUAAAAAACUAUAAUAACAGAU